CUAUGAUACAAUUUCUAUCCAUACUUCAACUAACCCCCUUCUCCGAUUCAUUGUUAUUCCUAUUGGUUAUUCCCCGUCCCUCCAAGCACCCGCCAACCAUCCCCCAUGUCCCCCACAUCCCCCAUAUCCCCUAAGUCCCCCAUAUCCCAGGCUCAGCUCCCCUACUUCGUUGGAACCCUGUCUGAAUGGGAUCCAGGGACUCGGCAAGAGUAUAACCCACUGGCCAUCUACAGUCAUCAGAAAAUAUACAUCGGGAGAGAUUGGAAGAAAUGUCAAUAUGUUGUGAAUCAUGCCGAGGUUUCAAAGUGUCAUGUCUUUAUCUACUCUGUCAUUUUCGACCAAGAGGACCCGGGACACAUUCCGCCAUUGGUAUACGCCGAGGACUGUUCUUCCAAUGGCACCUUCUGGAACUCCUACCCCAUGUCAGGAAGGGGUGGCUUUCUCCUCGGGCACGGCGACGUUUUGGAGUUAGCCAUAGGUCAUUUUCUCCGGUUUACAUACCCAGAGCAUGUUGAGGAACAUGUAGACCCGGUCAGGGCUCAAGAGAUGAAAAUGAUCGCCAGCAGAUAUUGCAUCACACCGUGUAAGCUAGGCUCCGGCGCCUACGGGCAAGUAUAUAUGGCAUACAAGGCAAUUGAUGGUCAGCAGCUCGCUUGCAAGGUCAUAGAUCUCCGGUCUAUCAGAGACCAAAUAGCUAUGAGACCAUGGACAAGAGAUGGUGAUAAUGAGGAGGAUCCAACCGCGGCGAGGCAAUCCGAGCUCAACAAGUUUGGACAAAAGGCGACAACGCAACACUGCCACAAAAGGCUUGGCUCAAUUCUGGGAGGAAUCGACCGCGAGGCCAUUGUGUUAAAGGAUCUUUGUCACCCCAACAUUAUCAGUGUCGAAAAGAUGAUACACACUAGCUUCAAUGUAUAUCUCUUCCUGGAGCUGAUACCCGGGGGAGACCUCUUCUCCUAUAUUCAGUAUAAGGGGGGGAAGCUGGGGAACAUCGAUACUGCAGUCAUAGUUCGACAGAUUCUGAUGGCUUUGGACUACUUGCAUGAACGAGAUAUCGUUCAUCGAGACCUGAAGCCAGACAAUAUACUCAUGACAUCCUUAGUGGAUGGAUGCAGAGUUGUGCUCUCUGAUUUUGGGUGCGCUACUCACAACCCUGGUCGCAUGUCGGAAGUGGUCGGCACAUUUGAUUACAUGGCCCCAGAAAUGCUGUAUUAUUACCCAGAUGGCUAUACUAAAGCCGUGGACAUGUGGUCUCUAGGUUGCGUGACAGCAGCCCUCCUCACGGGCAGUAGUAUCUCAUGUGGGGGGUCAUUUGCAACGGCAUCAAACGUGACCGAACUCGCCAAACACGGGGGAUUUGACAGGCUGAAAACAAGCCUACGCAGAAGUAAUGCAAGUCACCGCGCUAUGAAUUUUGUCCUUCGCCUUCUCGAGUUUAUUCCAGAGGACCGCAUGACUGCAAGGCAAGGGCUGGGUCAUGAAUGGUUCACCAAUCCGACUCAUGAUGCCGAAUUCAAAUCUCUAUACCAACGGUCGAUCCGGAAUUGGCUUCCAUGCCGCCCAGAGGAGCCUUUGAUUGUUGAUAUUUCUAGUCUAGUGCAUUUCAAUGGCCGAAAAAAGGAGCAAGAAGCAGCGUCGAUUGGCUCAUCCCUCGAGGGGGACGCAAUUGCUUUAUGUUCGUCAUCUCCACAGCAGAAGACAUCUUCACUAGAAAUGCAACAAUCGUCAUGGUCUGCUGAAGCACAGAGCUUCUCAUCAUCAUCUAGAGGAGAGUGUUUACAUGAUAUUGCGUCUCAAACCUUGUCCGAUCCCGACCUUCCUUCGCUCUCGGUCUGAGAGACAAUGGGCCAAUCGCCAUCGCGAGCUGUAGUCGGAUGUCAAGGAAAAAUGAUAUAUCUGGUACAAAGAUGCUCGCCUUGCGAGACGGUGGAUGCCUGAAGAUGAUGGUUUGCUGGAGAGGGAGGGACGUCUUGGCCAAAUAGUUACAACUAGAUAGAUUGCUAGGAUACGACAAGC